CGAAAACAAAGCCCCACGUGACAGCCGAUGAGAAGAAGUGUCAUGGCGUCUCCCAGUGGGAAGGUGGCCGUUACCUGGCAGGAGCUGGUGGUGGCGGCCCGCGUGCGGCCCGCGGAGCCGCUGGAGCUGCCGGAGGACCCGGAGGACGCGGAGGGGCUGUAUGUGGCGGUGGAGCGCUGCCCGCUCUGUAACACCACCCGCCGCCGCCUCACCUGCGCCAAGUGCGUCCGGAGCGGGGACUUCGUGUACAUCGACGGCCGGGACGGAGAGAGGUUUUCAGACAAGCGAGAGAGAUUAAGUCAUCUACGGGAGUCCCAGUUAAAUUUCCAGAAACAGUUGGUAAAAGCUAUAGAAGGCAAAUUGUUUGCUGAUAAACUGAAAUGGAAGAUAAUGUCUUGCAAAAUAAGGAUUGAACAACUGAAACAAAGCAUUUGGAAUGGAAAUGAAGAGAUAGCAAAGAAUUCAGAGUUGCUACUUAAAUUCAAAGACGACAAUCAAAAGCUUUAUCGGAGGGCCCAGUGGCAUCAGGAGAAGAAGGACAAAAUACAGAGGAGGACAAACAAGCUCAGUGAAAUGGUCGAAAAGAGGAACCAUGUUUUGAUGAGUAGGCACGUGGAGCUGGCCAGUCUACGGAGGUCGUACAUUCUCGAAUUAACGUCUGUUAUAUUCCCUAUUGGGGAAGUAAACAAUGUUACAAGGGAUCCCGCUGAUGUAAAUUCAUCAGAAAGUGACAAUGCAAUGACCUCUAGCACCGUGAGCAAGCUGGCCGAAGCCAGAAGAACCACUUACCUUUCAGGACGAUGGGUAUGUGAUGACCAAAAUGGUGAUACCAGCAUUAGUAUUGCCGGACCCUGGAUUACUCUGCCCAAUAAUGGCGAUUACUCUGUGUAUUAUAACUGGGUGGAGGAAAAGAAAACAACGCAAGGGCCUGACAUGGAGCACAGUAAUCCUGCCUACACAAUAAGUGCUGCAUUGUGCUACGCAACUCAGCUCGUCCACAUAUUGUCACAUAUAUUAAAUGUCAACCUGCCCAGGAAACUCCAUAAUAGUGAGUUUUGUGGUCAGAAUAUGAACAGAUGGAAGUUUAAUCGCUCUGUAAUUAAACUAAAUUCCAAUAUCCUCUAUCUCUGUUUUUCUCAGCACGUGGAUCUAGAUCUUCUCCAUCCAUUGCAUACCCUCAGGAAUCUCAUGUAUUUGGUCAGCGCAGAGAGUGCAAACCUUGGGCGGUCUGGGCCCUUCGAAAUAACUGCAGAUUUAGAAGACUCUAUGGAGAUCGUAGAUCCCAGUGGAGCUGGUGAAACAGACGAAAGUGGAGAAGAACACAUCAGUGACGAAGAGACUGAUUUGGGAACUGACUGGGAAAAUCUGCCAAGUCCAAAGUUUUGUGAGAUCCCUUCGCAAACUGUGGAGUUAAUGGAGAGUCAGAGCACGCUCCUGUCACAGCCGAUUGGCAGCAGCACCGCCGGGGGCAUGAUCUCAUCAGCAGCUGCGUCUGUCACGUCUUGGUUUAAAGCUUACACUGGACAUCGCUGACACUAAGGGGCCGCACCUCCUUACCAAACUAGAUAAGUGGACUGAAUAGUGGAAAAUAAACAAAGUUUAUAUGAAAUGAUCUUUUUAUGCUGCGGAAAGAAAAAAAAGGUAUAUUUUUGUUUCCCAUAAUGGAGUUAGAACUGCAUGAAUUCUACAGGUCGUUUCUGCCUAGUCUUAAAUAUUAAAUUCCGUGAUGCACCUUGUAACAAAUACAAGAAGGGAGGGGAAUGUAAUUCCGCUCUCCCUCCUAUCCCAACAGCGGUGGAGUUGGUGCGUUAAGCAGGUACUUUAAUUUUAAUAUGUACUGUGUAUUGAGCAAUUAUCUCCUAGGGAAUUUGUUUUAUGUUUUUGUGUGCUUUGUAGGCCACAUACAUGGAAGAGGAUAGUGCAUUGUGCUUUUAA